AUGGCGACCGAAACCGAGGAUAUUAAGGAGGUGAACUGCGCUGAAGAUGUCCCAACUUACACGAAGGAGGAUGAGAGGGAAAGCUUCGAGGUCUUUCAGAGAGGAGAGGGACAGGUAGAUUUCAGAACAGUGAGCUGGAUUCGGGCAGCCAUCAUCUUUUUGAAGAUUAUUUUCGCCACUGGCGUACUUUCAAUUCCAUCUCUGAUGUACGAGCUGGGAGCCUUCCCUGGGGCGAUCAACGUCGUAGGUUGGACAGUCCUCAAUUCCUACUGUGCAAUCAUCCAAGGCAAUUUCCGCAAUAAGCACCCAGGCUGCCAUUCCGUUGCCGACAUGGCCCAGGUCGUUGGCGGAGCUGUUACGAAAGAAAUCGUCGGAUUAUUGUUUACACUUAGCUACGUGAUCGUGGCCGCGUCUGGUAUCAUUGGUGUAUCGACAGCUUUGAAUGCAUUAUCACUUCAUGCGGUCUGCACUGUCUGGUUCACAUUCAUUGCAACUGUGAUUAUCGUUAUAUGUGCAAGCGUGCGCAAAUUCUCCCAUAUUGGCUGGCUCACAUGGAUUGGCUUUGCGAGUGUCUAUAUCGCCGUUUUUAUCAUUGUCAUUGCCGUUACCACAAGAGAUCGGCCAGCAGCAGCGCCUCAGACUGGUAACUUUGACCUAGGGUAUCAAGCAAUUGGUAAUCCUAGCUUUACAACAGGAAUCACAGCUGCUGCCACGAUCUUUGUCUCUAGUGCCGCAACCUCUGCCUUUCUGCCCGUCAUCUCAGAGAUGCGUAAGCCAAAGGACUACCCUAAAGCGGUGUAUCUCAGCAUGGGCCUCGUAACAGCGUCUUACCUGACUUUCAGUCUGGUCAUCUAUGCCUGGUGCGGGAAGUGGAUUGCCUCUCCGUCCCUGGGUAGUGCCGGCACAACAGUUAAGCGGGUUGCAUAUGGGAUCGCAUUGCCGGGGCUGAUUGUCAGUGGCUGUCUUUAUGUGCACGUUGCGGCCAAGUAUCUAUUCGUGCGAAUCUUGCGCAACUCGCGCCAUCUGCAGGCCAACACCAUCGUCCACUGGGGAACCUGGCUAGGAUGCACAGUUGGAAUGGCUUCCAUCUCCUUCAUACUGGCAUGCGCGAUUCCCAUUUUUAACUAUGUUCUAGCGCUGGUUGGUGCCUUAUGCUUUGCGCCUUUGGCCUUGUGUCUGCCUGGUUGGUUAUGGCUUUAUACCCAUGGGCAUUAUCUCAAGGGCAAUGUGAUCUCCCGUGUCAUCUAUGGGUUGCAUGUGCUUUUGAUCUUGUUGGGUGUGUUUAUGACUGUCGGUGGCACAUAUGGCGUCAUAGUCCAGAUCAACGAGGCGUAUAGAGAUGGGCAGAUCUCCUCGGCGUUUUCCUGCGCGGAUAAUAGCGGGUCGUGA